AUCAAUAAAACAUAUUUAAAAAAAAAAAAAAGACAUCUGCUCCCUUUACCCGGGUCUGAUACGUGGAGGCAAUAAAAGUUGAGGAUUGUCAGCUAACGUAAUCAUCUCUGCUUUGUUGGCUAGGGUUCACAGCAUUGAUGGACAGGUUCAGCCUGACCUGCAAGUCGGAAGAUGACCUGGACAAACUGGCCCACAUUUUCAGUUAUUACAUUAGUGACAUCAUCGAGCAUGUACUCUGUUUUGGAGGAGAUAUCCUAAAUAUCACAGGGAAUGUCCUCCUGGCACUCUGGACAGUGGAACAGAAUCAACUGAGUGACAUCAUUACCCUCGUGGCAAAAUGCAGUCUGGAGAUACAGGAGAAAUUUGGGGUCUACCAUACCAGAGAAGGCCAGGACCUGCAGCUAAAGAUAGGUCUAUCUGCAGGUCGGAUUUCCCAGGUUAUUGUUGGAGAUGAACAACGACAGUACCUCUUGGUGAUUGGGCGGGAUGUAGAUGAUGUCCAGUUAGCUCAGCGUUUGGCUCAGGCAAAUGAGAUUGUCUUGUCCUGGAACUGCUGGACACUCUGUGAGCAGUACAUGUUUGAAGUGGAAAUCAUGAAGGAGGAUGAAGCUGUGAAGUUAAGAGAUAUGCGGAUCACUGACCCAUUUGAUUUUGAUGAGCAUUUUGACAAGUGCCUCAAUUAUCUGCCACAUUACCGGACAAGUGCUAAUACUCUAAGAACUGCCCUGGAGUUGGAUCCAGACUCUGCACUUGAGCAAACUCUGCGGAAGCACAUAAUGAAAAACCUCUUGAAGAAGAUUGACGAAGGCCAACCUAUGGAGUAUAUAUCUGAAUUUCGUACCGUGACUAUGGUUUUGGUCAGCCUAGAAUUUCACAAGACAGGAUGGAUGUUGCGUUUGUGUCAUCUUAUCCAGGAGGCUGCAUUGUACAUCUCCACAGUCAUAGAGAAAGGGGGUGGCCAGCUGAGCCAGAUCUUUAUGUUUGAGAAAGGCUGCAUGUUCCUCUGUGUGUUUGGCCUUCCUGGGGAUAAGAAGCCAGAUGAGUGUGCACAUGCCCUGGAAAGCUCAGUCAGCAUCUUCAACUUCUGCUGGGAGAAUCUUUCUGAGACCAAGUGAGGAGGAAGGUG